AUGUUGUCGGCUCCCGUUAAAUCGGCGAAGCGCAUCUCUUCUCUCUUCUCCUUGGGUUCUCAUAAGGAGCAGAACUCCAACGGGCCUCCAGCUCCUUCUCCAGGUUUAAACUCUCCAUCCGACUUUUCGCAGGACCGCCGGCGACGAAGCAGCUCCCGCCCGACUCGUCAUGUCUCAACUCCCAAUGCUCUCUAUUCUUCGGAACCGAGGACAGUCCCCCAUCCGGAGCCAUUCGACCUCCCACCACCACCAUCCUUGCUCGCCGUCAACCAUGAUUUGGCCGCCAGUGCCCCGAGUUCGCCCAUCGAUCGUCCCGGCAGCAGGGGUCGGGAUAUGAACAUGAGCCGCCCCUCCAGUUCCGCUGGGUUGGCCAUCCCGGGUUCCACGCCAGACUCCCGCCCGAGCACGCCAUCAAAACGUCGGAGUUGGAUGCCGGGAAUGGGAGCUCGGUCGCGGGCGGGUUCAAUGGACAGACGGGUGCCCCCGCCAAUGCUCCCAGGAGCGUGGAUCGCUGGACUGGAUCAGAAGGUGGUUUAUGAUAUGGGUCCCUUGUCCAGAGGUGAACAGGUCUCGGAACUCUGGAAUGAGCAAGGAGAUACAUACGUCUAUUUGUUCCCUCAGAACACGGGCCGCCCGGCCUCAUUCAAGGUCGAUUCCACAGUCUUCGCUGAAUCCCCUUCUCUGAACCAUCUCUGCCGCGGAGCCGACUCGAAAUCCAAUGGCCUCGAACAACCCACCCGUUCGCUAUCCCUCGGUAACCCGAUAUCGCCCCCCUUGACACCGCAGGACCGGUUGGCGGACAACGAUAAUGAUAGCUCAGGCAGCCAGCGAAUGGCAUUCAUGGAUGAUGUGCCGGAUGAAGAUCAAGAGCUGCAUCUUUAUCUGCCGAUCCCGCUGAACAGUGAUGUCUCGAAUCUGAGUUGCCGCCUCACCCAGGAGGAUACAGAGACUUUGCUUCUCUUCCGCAACUUGUUUGCUUUUCUCCUCGGCCAGUCCCUCAUCGCCAGUCCCAAAUCAGCCACCCUUUUCAGUAUUUUCAUGGACGUCGCCGUCCUCCUCGCACGCUUCGAAUUCAGCAACCUGGACGGAUCGAACUUUGGUGAGACUGCCACUUCGAGCUUUAGCAACUACUGCGAUGAACUGCGCCUGGCCGAUGUUCGUAAGAGUCGCGAGAAGACUAUUGAGGCCAUCGUCCUUGGCGAGAGACUGCGCUACUACCCUCUGUAUGUCGAGGGAUUUGUACACGGUGUUGGCAAGCUGGAUGAGAUCAAGCAGCUUCGAAGCCCUAAAUUCACAUUUAUCCACCCGAUUACCCAAAAGCGCCUGGAGCGUGGUUUCAUCGACCUGGACUCCCGUCUACGCGGCCUCUACGGAAAGCUGGAAGACUUUGAUUUCCCUUCGGUCUUCUCUGGUAUCGCAAACUCCACCACCUCAGUCGAAAGCAAGGUCGUGCGCUUCAAAAUCUGGAAAUCCGCCUUCCUUGACUUCCGUCGUUUCACCAUGAGCUUCUACCGCACCAAGUAUGGCUCUUGGCCACCCAAGGCUCGCUCCAAGAAGAAUGAGUUUGAAGAAAGCGGCCUGAACCGUCAACUGCUGCUGGACUUGUAUCGGGACUUCUGUGAUCUCUACGACAUGUUGGUCGAUCGCACCGACCUUACGACUCGUACGAUCGAUUUAUCUGGUGCGGGUGGUGACGCCAAGUCCACUGACUACAAGGAUGUGACCGUCCGCGCUGUUCGCCAGGUGCUCAGUGAAUACGAUCGCAGUACUCCACCCGUCCUCCCGCCCAUCCCCUUCGAUAUCCCGCAGAUGCCUAAUCUGCAGCCUCUGCACCGAAAGCCCCUCGACGCCAAGAAAGAGGCCAAGCAACGCGGGAAGAAGCUGAAGAAUUCUGAUAUCAACGCCGUCCUGAUGGGCUCCUAUACACGAGAGAGCAUUCGCAGCACUCAGUUCAUCGAAGAGUUCAUGAAGUACGAGCGACGCUGCGCCCACGGCAAGACUGUCGACGAUUUGGUCGAUAUGCGUUGUGGCCAGUGGAUCUUCCUCUACUCCGUCAUUCAGUCUAUGCCUAUGCUGACCGUGGAUGUCCCCGAGGUCCAGUUCAACCAGGGAGUUGAAUACUUCCUCUGUAUCGCACCCCGUGGUGGUGCACCUUGGAUCCAAAACGACACCAAGACUGCUCGCAGCUGGUUCGGUGUUGCCGGUGGUGCCGGUGUGGUCAGUCUCCCCUCCGACGUGGUGAUUAAUGGUGUGGAAGGCGUCUACCGUCGUAGCCACUGCUGGCAACUUGCCGAGCAAUGGGCCGAAGCUGGUGCUCUCCUCCCGCCACCCAAUGUCGAAGAUGCAUACGAAGAAAACGAAUCGUCCAUCUCCUCGCCCUACCCGGCCCAGCAGUCCUCGGCCGGAUCUUCUUCAGACCCGCAGCCCGGAUCCGCGCUGGGCGUUCAUGGCGGUCUCACCCCGCCACCCCCAGCAAUCCCGCGCACCCGAUCUCCCGCUGCUGCGAACCGGGCCGAGCACCGACACUCUAUCUAUCCCGGCCUUGAAGCACUGCCGUUGCCGGCAGGCAUCGCUCCCAUUGAGCCUCCUGCUCGCCCCAUUAGUCGCUUCAACCCCAACAUGAGCUUCGACGACAUCCUGCGUGAAGUUCCCGACAAGAACAAGAAGAAGCGCUAG